AUGAGUCUUACCUGUUCGCAACUUGAAGCACUUGAAAAAGUGCAACAGAUAUUGGACAGUGCAGGAUUGUCCCCUAUCUCAGUCACAAGCUCAGUUGUGUCAUUGCUGUCAUCACACCAAAAUACACCAGACGUGGAUUCAACCCUCGACACCAUCUCCACUCCCCCAUAUCCAAGAUAUCAGUCUCCCGCUCCAUAUUAUUUUACCACCGAGGAAAUUUCACGGAGAGCCAACUAUGUGAAUCGAGCCACCAAAGUCAGCGCAAUUGUUGAUCACCCUGUUCAUGCUAUCCUCGAGUAUCCCAUAACAGCACCUGGCAGCAUUGCACACCGUUUUGUUGUUGAUCCCAUAUCCUUCGUGCAGCCUCAAUCAGCAUUCCAAUAUUCUCUUGGUGGAGGUCAUGGUGGGCGUGAAAAUGCAGUGUGCCUGCUUCUCCGAGAUGAUGCAGGCAAAGGUGUUCGUUGUCGCCAGCUUAAGUCAUCGUGCAAUGGCCUCAAGGUAUGUACAUUCAAUGAGGCCAGUUUCAGCAGUAAUUAUGCUGCAUCUCCGACUUGGAGUCUGUCUCAGGCUGGAUACAGUGAUGAUUCUGCAGAGGCAGAGGUUUUCAACAAGACUCUAGCAUUUUUUUGUGCUGUCUCUGAACGGGGAUGUGGCUUCGAUGCAAACUUGGAUUUAAGUCCUGAGAUAGUACUAGACAGCUUUGAUCUUCACUCCGAGUCAGAGUCCAGGGGGUGUGGGGCUCCCCUCAUGUUAUCUGUGAAUAAUCUUGGCCGUCCAUAUAUUCACUGCAAAAAUUUCAAUGCUUCUGUUUCUCGAGCUCGCACCCAUCUUGUCCUCCGGAAUUUGGACGAAUUCAAUACUGAUUACUUGCGGGCACUUAUAGAGAACGACCUGAAGGCAAUUUCCUUUUAUGAAACACGAGCAAAAAAUGAUGGAUAUGGUCCUCUCAUGCCGUGCACAUUUGUUGCCUCCCCUGCCGAGCAGAAGCAAUGUUGUCCAUAUUGGCAUCGAAAUCAUGAAGGAAAAUUGGCUCGUGGAACACUUCGUAGCUGGCCAGUUCCAUGCAAGGCAAAGUUCGACAUAUAUACACCAUACAAUCUCACUGCCUGCCCACAAGUCCUCGUUAUCUGCACCAACAAUCACAGCCACCCUCCGCCUGCACCUGUCAAAACUCCAGAAGCUAUUAAAGCCAUUUUCUAUGAGUUGCUGCUCACACUCAGCUGGAAACUUGCUGAUGCAACACCACAUCGGAUUUUACUUGAUUCUGCAUUCAUACAAGCUUUACAAGCUCACCUCAGUUGGAAGGAAACCUGCAAUCCCACACUGUCAGACCUUCACCUGUCUCUUGGGAACUCUGACCAUGCUCGGCGCCUCAUCAACACUUUGCGGUUUAAUGAAUUUCCAAGUGGAACAGGAUUCGCAGGUGCUAUUCACUUGGCAACAAAACACGAUCUUUUGCCCAUUGACGAGCGCUAUAUUCGUUGUGCGGAGUCACAUCAGCUAUCCACCAAAUCAGCAUCAAAUCCACCUGCGGCCACCACAUCAACUUCGAUUAGUAGUCUGCGGCUGGUCAUUUGUAUGACAAAGCGGAUGUCAUGGCGUCUGAUGCAAGCAAAACGGCUCUCGAUCGACACUUCAUUCAAACGUGUACAUGGCUGGCAGGAAUUUGAAUUUGAGUCUUGGGACGUUGCCCACAUGAAAUCUGUUAUUGGUGCUCGAGCAUUCACGACAUCUCAAUCAGCACAAGCACACUUCAUCCUCUUCCAACAAAUAUUCGAGAUUGCCAGUGCGGACACAGGUUGUGCUGUUCAGUUUCAAUACAUGCACGGAGAAGGGAUUCAAACCAUCAUUGCUGAUGGACAUAAAGGUCAAGGUCUUGGCCUAGGUAUGUAUUGCGUAUACCUGUGUAAAGACUCAAUACAGGCUUGCUGCUAUGACACCACUGCUCUACUUCGUGACCUGGAUCCAUAUGACCAUCUGCGCCGCUUCUACCGUCUAUGUCUUGCGCACUAUAAACGGAAUAUCCGUAGUCUCCGUGGUCAAAUUCCCAAAGAUGUGGAAAUUGCCAUGUUGACGAUCGCAUCAGCGGAGCCUCAUCCUGAUCUACAGGGAACAUUGAAGAAGAUAAAGAAAGGUGGAAAAAAGGCUGCAGCAUGGCUUAAAGAUAAAAUUGAGGGCACGAAGUUUGCGCUACCGGCACUCUAUCAGCCAAACAGUCUCAUCCCGCUCGAAAUUUGGAAGGCCUCACCAACUACUACCAAUGGAAACGAGCAAGCACACAGGAAUAUCAAUCGUGAUGGUGUGGGUCUUACACUAUUGGGAGGAAUCAUGCGAGGAUUUCACUACGACACAAACAUCAGCGCUAGUUUGGACCUUUUCGAUGCAUUUGGCAUCAACUCCAGCGACCGUUUAUCUACCCAUGCUUACCGUGCAAAACGUGCUCUUGCUCGACAAGGUAAGCAAUACUAG